UUUUUCUUUUUAAAGUAUUUUUUGUGUUUUCUCUUUAUCUUAUUUUCUGUAUUGGUUCUUUGGUAGAACGCUGGCUUCAUAAGCAAGUAUCAAUCCUUAUGUCCCUGGUAGUAGAUAGCAUCCUGCUUAAGUUGAUAUUUGCAAGUGGUCUUGUUCUUUAAGGUUUAUGUUUUGGAGUUCUAAGUUGGAAGAGGAUUGUGACAACAAUAUUACAAAAAAAAUUAUUGUGGUCUUAGGAAUAGGAUGGAAGUUAAUCAUAAAAAAGUACUUUGUGCAGCAUUAUCAGAUGUUAAACGUUAUUAGAAAAGUAUGGUAAACUGUAUAUGCAUUCUCAAUGGAAAACAAAAAUUAUUGGCGGAAGGUUGGUUACUGUCCCUAUUCAUUAUGAAAGUGCUCCCAUUGAACAAGAUCAUCCAGAACUAUGGGUUACUAAAUCACAGUGCACCAAUAAUCGAAUUGAAGCACAUCGUAAUAAGCAGCGAGCACUGAAACAGCUACAUUCAUCUGUUCUUGAUCCUCAAGAUUAUUGCAUAAGUAAUGUCGAAAUCUCAAACCAUUCAAAUUAUUUUUUGGAACAAGAUAACAGAAAAAAUCAAAAGUUCGGUAUGCUAAACACACAAAAGCAAUUUUCUUCAUCGUCAUCUUCUGUUAAUUUUUUGAGAAGGUUGAAUUUAGCACCUCGUUUGCGGUUUGAACUUGAAAAUGAACUGUAUUUGUUAAAUAAAUCAAAGAAUUUUAAUACAAAUAAUCUUCAUAGCAUGCUAAGAGCAUUAGACAAGUAUCAGACCGGAAAACUAUAUUUUAAGGAGAUAUUGCAAGAAUUAGAUGCAUUGGACAAUGGUUUGAAUUUAACUGUCUUUUUUGAAACAAUGCAGUAUUGCAAUUUCCAAUCUAAUGGUCUGAUUGAUUAUGAAAUUUUUAUGCAAAUAUUGUCUGAGUUGCAACCAACAUAUUUACCACCAAUUGAUGUAAGUAACAGUCCUAAAGUAUUUCCCUACAACACAAAAAAAUUCAAUAAGUUACCCGAAAGUUCAUCUAAUGAAAAUAUUUUAUCAAGUCAUCGAUUGGAGGACUUUUCAAGAAUACCAUACACCAUACACCAAAAUAUCUCUGUAAAUACUUCAUCAACCAAUAAAUAUAACCAAGCCAAUGAUUUAUUAAAGAUUUUACCUCCUGUACAAAAUAGUGAGUCAAACAAUGUUGUUUAUGGCAAAAAUUCAGAGACUUACUCAUUGGAAAGACUUUCUCCAUCUGUAAGCAAGAGUACUUGUGUUGUCAACAUACCUUGUGUAAGCAAUAGUCCUUGCUUUGACAGUUGUAAAAAGCGCAACUUUAAAAAUACCUCAAGUAGUUACUAUGAUAAAACAAAUAGGAAGCUCUGGAUAAAAGAUAGAAAAUUAAAAAGUACAGAAUCCUUAAGUGAUCAAUGCUGGUGGAAAAAAAGUCAGAUUGAUGAUUCAAUUGAUGAUGUAGAUAGUAAAGCACGUAAAGGCUGGAGCGAUUCAGAAAAAAUUAAAACUGUGAAAGGGAAAAUUCGUAGAGAUAAAGUUUUUAUAGAAAUCAACAACACAGAAAAAAAGAAUUUGACAAAUGAAAAAAGUCAUUCCGAUUCAGAAUGCCAUUAUACCUCUGACAUAAACAGCGAUUUCUAUACAACAACUGAUAUUGAGAUUACACUGGGCAGCUUAGCUAAGAAAAAAAUUCCUAAAAAAACAUGUUUUGAAAAUGUGCUGAUUGUUGAUCCAAUAUCUGUCUUAAAAGCUUCUGAACCUACUAAUUUAGUUGUUUUACCAAAAAUAGAGAAAAAAAAUGAAUUAGUAGUGAAAGAGGAUGAAAAAAAACCUUCUAACAAUCAAUCGAUUAUAAAUGAGGAGGAAGAAAAACAAGGGAAAACCUCUAAUAACAAGUUAUGUAACAAUGCAUUAAAAAUAAAUAUGUGUGAACCAACUGACCUAAUUGUUGAUUACAAAAAUCAAAAUGAAGAUGUGGGCACUAAUGUUAUUUUCAAAACUUUAGGUGCUUCUAAAAAUCAUGACUCACUGAUUAACAAUUGUGUACAUGAAAAGAACAACUUAUUACCUAAAUCAGUUAAUGUUGAAGUAAAGGGAAUUACAUAUACUCUAUAUCCUUCAAUGAAUUUACAUUUACCAGAUUUAAAAAAUCAAAAUAUAAAGAAGAGUUUGUCAUUAGAAUGGAUAUAUGGUUUUAGUGGUUCAAAUAUCUUCAUAACUUCUCCAAAAGUGCUGGUGUUUCCUGUUUGUACCAUUGUUGUUCUUUUGGAUCCAGAAAAGAAAAGUCAAGUUUAUUAUCGCAAACACACUCAUAAUAUAACUUGUUUUUGUGUUGAAAAAAAUUUGGUUGCAAGUGCGCAAAAUGUGAAAACUGGCAUUUCUCAUAAGGGAGUGAUUUACAUUUGGAACUCUGUAAAGUUGAAUACUGUUUUUAAAAUUCAUACAAAAAACAAAGUUUGUACAAUGAGAUUUCUUAAACCUGAGAAUCCUUUUAAUUCAUCUGUGGUAAACUACAUUGCUACAAUUCAAGAAAAUGAUCACAAUAAGCAACUACUUAUAUACAAUGUUUCAACUGAAGAGAUAGUCUAUCAUAUGGAACUUAAAAUUUCUGGUGACGUUUUUAUUGCUUCAUCUCCUAUAAAUUCAUCAUUUGUUACAUUCGGUAGUAGAACACAUAUGGCAUUCUUUACUAAAGUUUCUGGAGAAAAUUCUUGGUGUAUGAAUGUUGUUCAUUGUAAUGAAGUUGCAGAUGAAAACAAUCUAACUUCUGGAACAUACAGAGAUAAUGGAGACUUUUUAGUUGGUGAUUGUAAUGGUAAUAUCUAUGAAUCAAAAGCCAGUUCAAGGUUUAAUGGCCAGUUUAGAAUCAAUCAUAUAAUUAAAAAUGCACAUAGUGGUCCUAUUUCUUCACUGGUUUCAACAAAGCAAGCAUUUAUUACUGGAUCCUGCAAAGAUUUACAGAUAAAAUUGUGGGAUAAAAACCAAAUUCAAGUUUGUCUUUCAAAAAUGGCUGAAUCAUGUGUUGGUUGUUUAACCUUAUGUUUAAUGGAAAACCUUUUGUAUGUUGCAACAGUGAAUAAUUCAAUUAUUAGUUUGGCUAUUGACAUCCCUUUACCCAAAAUAAAUAACUUGUGUGAGGGUCAUGCAGAUGAAAUAGUUGGCAUCUGCCCACAUAUAUCUUAUGGUGAGAUCUGUUAUUCCCUCUCUUCUGAUGGAUCUUUAAACAUGUAUAAUGUUGAAAAUAAAGUUCUUGUUUGGUCUUACUCAUUAAAGGGUAAUGGUAGCUGUAUGACAGUUCAUCCUUGUAAAGAUUUUUUAUUCAUUGGGUGUCUAAAUGGAAGUAUUCAUGUAUUGGACUCUUGUUUGGGAAGCUUCAUUGAAAAAUUUAAAAAUGAGAGUUCUUCUAUUUCUUGUUUACAAUUUUCAAAAGAUGGUGUUUUCUUAGCAUCUGGACAUAUGAAUGGCAAAAUUCUAGUUUAUGAUUAUAAUAACAAUUGUGUCAUUCACAGAGCAGUGGUUUCUGAAUAUGCUAUAUCAUCCAUUGAUUGGUGCAUGUCAAAGAAUUUGCUUCGUGUGCAAACUCAUCGAGUAAAUUUGAUAUGUUAUAGUAUUGAUUCAAGUUCUCUUAUUGAACCAUUUGAAUCCAUUGAAUGGGAGACUAAUAAUUGCUCAAUAUCGUAUGAAACUUCAGGUUUAUGGAGCACAAAAGGUUAUAAAGCAAAUAAGAUGUGUGUUUUGCAAGAUCACUCUUUAAUUACAUUUUGUACAGAACAACUAUUGUGUCUCGUUACUUAUCCAUAUCUCUUUUGUAAUAAGGGCUUUGUUCAAGUAAAAUCUCUCUAUGGAAGCGGACAAGUUAAACAAAUAAUGUUAUCCUCUGAUUGCACUCAUUUGUUCUUGUGUUUUAAUGACGGCUGCUUGUGGCAGUGGAAAAUAAAAAGUUUUUAACUUAUAUUUUUAAACCAAUUUUCACAUAACUUGGUGCGUUUUAUUUGUAUUCUUACAUUAAAUAUUUAAUUUUUAUUAUCUAGCAUAGUUUAAAUGAAAAAAAAAUUACUAUUUUGAAAUAACUUAUUUUUUUUAAAAAAAAAAAGAUCUAUUUUAUAAUGUAAAUAUUUUUAAUUAGAGAUAAUUUAUAAUUUAUUUUCUAUUUUAAACAAUUUAUUGUGUAUACAUAGAGUAUUGGGAAUUUAUUAAUGUUUUAUGAUUA